AAAGCCUUCAGAUGUAUGCUAAAUGAGCUCCCAAGCUAUGGUUGACCAAGUCUUUAGGUCCAUUGCUUCUGAGCGAAAGCGAAUUCCUACUUGGGAUGUGGAAAGCAUUUUAACUCGAGCUGUUUACCGCGCUCUCAGUAGCAAUGGGCAGUUCAGUCAAGCUUUGGACCAUCCACCAAUCAAUGUAGACAAGUGUCUCACUACCACUGAUGCUCAACUCCAGUUGAAGUUGGUAGCUGAGAAAUUGUGCAAACGCGUGGAACGUCGAUACGAAAAGAAGCUGUUGCAGCAAAGGGAGCGCGAUCGCGCUGAAAUUGCUCGCAAGCUCAGUGAGAUUCGAAACGAGUAUGCAGAGCAAGUGGAUGUAAAGCGCAGAGAUCUUGAUCGGGAAAGAGUAAGAUUAGAAGAAAGCUAUGUUGAAAAGGAACGAAAUCUUCGUCACAAACUUGAGAUGCAAUUGGCAGAAAAGGAGAGUGCAUUGGAAAUCACAAGAAAGUCGCUAGAAAAUCGAUUGGCGGAACUCAACAUGAAUAAAGAGCAUUUGGAUCGUAUCAAGGCCGAGUUUCAUACAAAAUUUGCUUCUGACGUUGAAAAGUUGAACGAGGAAUGGGAACGGCUGAGCGCAAAGAGAGAAGAGUUGCGAGUCGUUUUCAAGGAAGAAUUCGAAGAAGAACAGCAUCACAUGAAAGAGAAGCUAGUUGAACUGGAGAAUGAGAACAUUGUUUUGAGAAAGAGGUUGAGCGAAAAUGGGACAGAUCUCUUCGAAAUGCGAUCGAAGCUGAGUAAAAUGGCAACUUUAGAGGAAGACCUGCAAUUUGCCAAUGAGAAAUUGCGCAGAGAGGCAGAAGAGAACCAUCGUUUAUCGCGAUCGAAAUUUGAGGCGGAACGUCUCAAGGAAGAAAAUAUUUUUUUGAAAGAAGAAAUCGAGCGGCUGACGACUGCUACACGGCAGCAAAGUGCGUCUGUCCCUGCCCAAAGCUCUUCAAAACCAUCAGACGAUUUACAACAAUCAAAAAUUAGAGAACUGAAAACUAUAAUCAGAAUGAUGAAUGACAGAAUCACUUCGCUUACGUCAGAGCGUGAUUAUCUUCGCGAAAUGCUGCGCGAUGCCAAGAGACAAUUUUCUCGCGAGACUGUGGGACUAAAGCAGAUUGGGUUGGAGAGAAUUACUUUGAGGUCUCGAAGGCUUCUUCGUGAUACGGAUAGCAGUGAGGAUACAUCAAUGUCAUCAUCUGCUGUUUCUGAGUGUGCAUCAGACUUGCGCACUAUCAAGGAACGUUUUGCAACAUUGGAAAACAUGGCAAAGACACUUGACACAACGAUUGACUGCGUUGCUGCUGCUCGUUCGAUGACCCAUGAUCCACUUGUUUCUUCUCCGGAACCAAAUGUAAGUGAAAACUACGACGACUUCUGCCGAUCUCUGAAGAGAAGUGGGAACCUGUACAGCAGCCCCGUGAAGAAUGUAGCAAAGGAAAUUGUUGCACUACGUCUCCAUCAUGAAAUUCCCAACACCGCCGAAGUGCCAAAACCGGAGGAACAGCGCAUGCGCGACGAACUGACACCUAGAGCAGUAACCCUGGCCAGCAGAGAUUCCGUGCGAGAAGUGGUGCAAGAAUCCCCCGCUGAUAGAAAUCCUCAAGAGGACACUCCGUUUUCUGAUCACCAUUCAUCAAAAGCUCCGAGUGAACCUCCUGACCAAGCCGCUUCAUUUGCUGAAAGACUUAGAGCCCGCUCGGAAGCUACGCGAAAGUUGAACUUUUCGCAAGAAUUCGAGGAGCGCUCGUUGCCAAUUGCUCGUAAAAGUAUCAGUUCUGGCGAGGGCAUUACUGCAUUGGACAGUUACUUGGCCUUGUUUACCACAAAUUCCGCUGCGGAGAUACAGAACGAUAGUAAAAAUCUAAAAACGGCCAAAUUACCCUCCAGUAACGAUAUACCAUUUGAAGUUGAAGAUGUGCAGGUAGACAAGCCGGGGGCUGUGGAGGACGAAAUAGACUGGUAAUACUUGUGUUCGAAAGAUUUACUUGCUAUUCUUUUUGCAUUAUUUUUAAGUUCUAUUCUUUUUUCAAAUUGUGCACUUAUCUCCUAUUCAAACUGUUGUUGAUGUUGUAUUCUGCACGUAUAUUUUUCUUCGCAGCUGUAUUCACGUCGAGUUUAUGAAACAUUCGUACAACAUUCACUGUGGCUCACCUCUUCACUUCUUUUCACUUUCUGAUCUUCCUAGCAACAGAUCUCAUGUAUAUGUCGAUCUCAUAAUCAAUCAAGCUUGGUGAUGCUUUCAUUUAUCUGAUUGAAUAAAAUUUGUACAAUUU